AUGCACCAUUGGGACUGGCCACCAAACGCCUGCACCAUCGGGACUGACCACAAAGGUAUGCACUAUCGGGACUGGCCACAAACGUCUGCACCAUCGGGACUGGACACAAAAGUCUGCACCAUCGGGACUGGCCACAAACGUCUGCACCAUCGGGACUGGCCACAAACGUCUGCACCAUCGGGACUGGCCACAAACGUCUGCACCAUCGGGACUGACCACAAACGCAUGCACCAUUGGGACUGGCCACCAAACGCCUGCACCAUCGGACUGACCACAAAGGUAUGCACUAUCGGGACUAGCCACAAACGUCUGCACCAUCGGGACUGGCCACAAACGUCUGCACCAUCGGGACUGGCCACAAUGGCUUGCACCAUCGGGACUGGCCACAAACGCAUGCACCAUCGGGACUGGCCACAAACGUCUGCACCAUCGGGACUAGCCACAAACGUCUGCACCAUCGGGACUGGCCACAAACGUCUGCACUAUCGGGACUGGCCACAAACGUCUGCACCAUCGGGACUGGCCACAAUGGCUUGCACCAUCGGGACUGGCCACAAACGUCUGCACCAUCGGGACUGGCCACGAACGUCUGCACUAUCGGGACUGGCCACAAACGCCUGCACCAUCGGGACUGGCCACAAACGUCUGCACCAUCGGGACUGGCCACAAACGUCUGCACCAUCGGGACUGGCCACAAACGUCUGCAUAUUCUGA